AUUCUUCAUCAACUAGUUUCUCAUCAUCAAUAUUACAAAACAAAAGCUGUCAAGAGGAGCAUAAUGGCUUAUCAUAUGAUGAGCUUCCAAAGUCACAUAUCUUUGUUAAUAGUUCUUUUUGGUUUUCUUGGCUUGAUCUCUUUUCCUGUUGAAGCAGCAAUAAAGAAAUACCAAUUUGAUAUUCAAAUGAAGAAUGUGAGUAGGCUAUGCCAUGCAAAACCAAUUGUAACAGUAAAUGGGAGGUAUCCAGGGCCAACAAUUUAUGCUACAGAAGGAGAUAGAGUACAAAUCAAUGUCACCAACCAUGUAAAAUAUAACAUAUCAAUUCACUGGCAUGGACUUAAACAGUAUCGCAAUGGUUGGGCUGAUGGACCAGCUUAUAUUACUCAAUGUCCAAUUCAAACUGGUGGAAGCUACACAUAUGACUUCAAUGUGACAGGACAAAGAGGAACUUUGUGGUGGCAUGCUCAUAUUCUUUGGUUAAGGGCUACUGUUUAUGGUGCAAUUGUUAUCAUGCCUAAACCAGGAACCCCUUUUCCUUUUCCACAACCAGCUAGAGAAUUUGAAAUUGUGCUAGGAGAAUGGUGGCACAAAGAUGUGGAAGAGAUAGUAAACCAAGGGAACCAAAUGGGGUUGCCACCAAAUAUGUCGGAUGCACAUACGAUCAAUGGGAAGCCAGGACCACUCUUUCCUUGUUCCGAGAAACAUACAUAUGCAAUGGAGGUUGAGAAGGGCAAGACAUAUCUGCUAAGAAUCAUCAAUGCAGCCCUUAAUGAUGAGCUUUUCUUUUCCCUUGCUGGUCACAACAUGACAGUAGUUGAAGUUGAUGCAGUUUACACAAAACCAUUCACAACACAAUCCAUUCUAAUUGGUCCUGGUCAAACCACAAAUGUUCUAGUCAAAGCAAACAAAAUUCCAAGCAGAUACUUCAUUGCUACAAGAACUUUCAUGGAUGCACCACUCUCAGUUGAUAACAAAACCGCUACGGCUAUAUUCCAAUACAAAGGAAUUCCAAACACUAUCAUCCCUUCAUUUCCUACAACACUUCCUAAUGCAAAUGACACAAACUUUGCUUUGAAUUAUAGCAAAAAAAUAAGAAGUUUAAACUCUGCUAAAUACCCUGCUAAUGUUCCUCUCAAAGUUGAUAGAAACCUCUUUUACACUAUUGGUUUAGGCGUGAACUCUUGUCCUACAUGCAUCAAUGGAACACGUUUAGUUGCAUCCCUUAACAAUGUAACUUUUGUCAUGCCGAAAACCGCGCUUCUUCAAGCUCAUCACUUUGAUAUCAAGGGUGUUUUUAGAACUGAUUUUCCAGAUAAGCCUUUGGCUCCUUUUAACUAUACUGGCGCACCGUUGACCGCCAAUCUCGGUACUAAGACGGGAACAAGAGUUAGCAAGAUCGCCUUUAAUUCUACGGUUGAGCUGGUUUUGCAAGAUACUAAUCUUCUCACAGUUGAAUCACAUCCAUUUCAUCUUCAUGGUUAUAACUUUUUUGUUGUUGGAACUGGAAUUGGCAAUUUUGAUCCAGCUAAAGACCCUGCUAAAUAUAAUUUGGUUGAUCCUAUGGAGAGGAACACCGUUGGCGUUCCAACUGGUGGUUGGACCGCAAUUCGAUUCACGGCUAAUAAUCCAGGUGUAUGGUUCAUGCAUUGUCAUUUAGAGUUGCAUACUGGUUGGGGAUUGAAAACGGCUUUCGUUGUGGAAGACGGGCCAGGAAAAGAUCAAUCAGUUCUACCACCACCAAAGGACCUUCCAAAAUGCUAGGCAAGUUUAACAAAAAAAGAAUUUGCUAGGCAUGGAAGAAAUUGUCAAGAGUUUCAGAUUGUAUGGAACAGUACUAUUCAAUGUGUAAUAAUUAACUUUUAUUGUCUGCUACUAUUUCCUGCAAAAAUUGCAGUUAUUCUUUAGUUUCAAGAUUGAAUGUGAGAAACAAUGCAAGCAAAAGAUUUGCACAAUGUAUAAAAUUGUGUUGAUUGAUUGUUAUAUUUAUCUUUCUUCGAUA